AUGGAUUGCAUUCAGUCUGGAAAUGGAGAUGCCACAGUGGAGACGGAGGGGAGUGUGAACACUGGGAAAGAUGAUACAAAUGAAGACAAAGAAAAGCAUGAUGCAGAAGCUGAAGUCCGUGUGCGUAAGGCAUCCUGGGAGCCCAGAAAGGAGAUCCAUUAUUUUGCCUGCCAUGAGAUCAGCAUCUGGGAGUCUCUCGAUUCAUUUGGUUCUGUCAUCUGGCCAGCAGCUCGGGCUCUGUGUCGAUACCUUGAGUCCAAUCAAGCAACAGUUGAUCUUGUUGACAAAGCGGUGCUAGAAAUUGGAGCCGGCACAGGUCUUGUGUCCAUCGUGGCCAGUCUGUUGGGUGCUUGGGUGACAGCAACUGACCUGCCUGAAGUCCUCGGGAAUCUGAGAUGCAACCUGUCCAGAAACACACGGGGCCGCUGCAGAUACACGCCGCAGGUGGCGGAGCUCUCAUGGGAUUGUGAGCUCAAUAAGACCUUCCCUCAUUCAGUCUACAGAUACGACUACAUAUUAGCAGCUGAUGUGGUCUAUCAUCAUGACUACCUAGCAGAAUUACUGGUCACUAUGCGCUUCUUCUGCCAGCCGGGCACAACCCUCAUAUGGGCCAACAAGGCCCGCUUUGAUUCUGAUCUGGUGUUUGUGGAGAACUUCAAAAAAACGUUCAACACCACCCUGCUGGCAGACAACGGAGAGGUCAAGAUUUACUCCGCCACCACGAGAGAAGAAAGUAGACUAGUGAUGUCAGAAGAGACUAAAGGGGUUGCGAGGAAAGGAGUGGAUGAGUAUGAAACAGUCAAUAAAAAGACAAAGAAAGAGAUGAACGAAGGAAAGAUCGAGGUUCGAGAAUAUGAAAAGAAAGAUGUACAAUUUAGAGAAGAACAGGCUACAGGGUAUAUUGAUGUGGAAAACCAGGAGGAAACAUUAAAGUUGGAGGAUGGAAAUUUGAACAAUAUCAAAGAUGAGGAGGACAACACAAACCUUGAAACUGAACCUGAGGAUAGUGGAGAUGAAGACAAUGAAGGCUGCUGUGAGAUGGAUUCAACAUUUGUAGAGCAGAAAUCAGAAGGAAACACAGAAAAUGAUAAACAACAGGAGUACAAGAGAUCAUGGGCACCAAUUUUUUACUACAGACCCGGGAAAGAAGUUUACAAUUUUUUGGGUCAGGAAAUUACAAUUCAGGAGUCCAUCGAUUCUUACGGUGCUACUAUAUGGCCAGCGGCACUUGCACUUUGCCGAUUCUUGGAAACACCGCAGGGUCGCCAACACAUUGAUUUACUCGACAAAUCAGUUCUUGAACUUGGGGCUGGAACCGGCUUACUUUCGGUUGUCAUCACGUUAUUGGGUGCCAAACUAACAGCCACGGAUUUACCCGAGAUUCUAAGUAAUCUGAGAUACAACCUCAACAAGAACACGAGAGGCCGACGGAGACAUGAGCCCCUGGUAGCAGAACUCUACUGGGGUCACAAGCUGGAUGAGACCUUCUCCAGAUCCACACACCAGUAUGAUUACGUGUUGGCGACUGAUGUGGUCUAUCACCACAACUUCCUGGCCGAGCUGCUGGUCACUAUGCGUCACUUCUGCCAGCCGGGAACUACUCUAGUCUGGGCAAACAAGGUUCGCUAUGCCUCGGAUCUGGACUUCAUCAAUAACUUUCUUAGAUAUUUUGAAAUUACACUCCUUGAAGAGCUGGAUGAUGUGAGGAUUUAUGUAGCAACUAGCAAGACACCAGAGCAGGAAGGUGACCAUGUUCAAGAGAUGAACAAGGAAGAGGAGGACAAUGAUAACCUUGAGUCAAGCAAACAGGAUGCUGUGGAACCAAACUCUACAAGCGAGACAGGAAACAAUGCAGAAGAAGUGGAACAUCUGGAGUGUGAUGAUACUCAGAGUUUAGAAAAUAAGAUGGAGGAGAAACAAGUAGACAAAGGAUUCCAGGAAUUUGUAAGAUCUGCAGAGGAAGAGGAAGAAGGCUUCGUUUCUCCGUGUCGUAAACUCGGGAAAGGGGCGAGGCUUCUAAACCAGGGUGUUUUUAGAAAAAUUCAGGAAGCCAUAGACCAUUGUGGUGGUGUGGUAUGGCCAGCGGCAUUGGCCCUUUGCCGAUUCCUGGACACCCCAACAGGCCGACAGCAGAUUAAUCUACUUGACAAUUCAACGCUAGAGCUCGGAGCAGGAACGGGCCUCGUCUCGAUAGUUGCCACACUUCUGGGUGCUAAAAUGACAGCCACAGAUCUGCCAGAAAUCCUUGGUAAUCUGAGGUGUAACUUGAACCGGAAUACCAAGUGGCAAGGGAGACAUGAACCCCAGGUUACAGCAUUACCAUGGGGCUACAAACUAGAGGAGAUGUUUCCCCACUCCACCCAUCAUUACGAUUAUGUUUUUGCAGCUGAUGUGGUCUAUCACCAUGACUGCCUCAAUGAGCUUCUUGACACCAUGCUUCACUUUUGUCAAACAGGGACAACAAUUAUCUUAGCAAACAAGGUCGAUUAUCAGUCAGACCUGGUGUUUCUUGAGAACUUUAAGAAAGCUUUUAACGCCACAUUACUGACAGAGCUGGAUAAGGUGAGGAUUUACUCAGCUACCAUGAGAAUCUGA